GAGUUUCUUGGCCUGCAAGACCUCCAUGUCCCAGUCUUACUCUAUAUGACGUAAGACCCUAUCUCUCGGCUUGUCUGCUUAAUCAAGUCGUUUAGUCAUGUGUUGGUCUUUAGAUCAGAUUUAUUGGUUAGACAGAUUUUUUUCCUGCAGAGGACAGUCUUUCUUCCAUAGAUUUGCUGACACUGUUUUUCAGGCUCCAUGUAAUGUGCUUACUAAACAGUCAGUCUGUUUCCGUAUGCCAAGACAACUGAGAAUGCAGGGAAUCCUAACAAAGUUAGUGCUCGAUUUGUUGUGCAUAGCAGGGAUUGUUUUAUUUAUUUAUUUAUUUAAAAAACCCAAACCAGUCCGAAUCUGCUUUCUCAAACUGAACAGAUUGAGAAUAUAAAGACUCUGUCAGAAUUUCUAUGAGAUUGCUGAUUUUUUCCACAGAGGUGGUCCUCCCCAUUUGCAUGCGCUGGUCAGCAUCAGCGUUCUGACUCAUCAUUUUGCUUUAAAUGGAUGUCACAUGGACGAGGGAUGGUUACUCUUAUGUCAUGCCUAACAUGAUGCCGAGUGAUAGGAAGCUUUCCUUUGCGUCUCAUCUUCCUUCUCCCUCUUUUACCUUCUCUCUUGUAUUGCUGACAGAGAGGCUGCCGAACAGGAGCUAAUAGUAACCAGUGUAUGUGUCUAUCCUCUCUCUGAUGAUAAUUGGCAAACAUUUUCCUCUUUGUAAUGAAUCUGCUUUGAUGCAGAUACAGUUAGAUCUGCCUUACAAGACAACAGAAGUCUCAUUUAUAAACAUAUGCAUAGAACAAGUUGAAGAAGAAGAAUUCUAGCCCCACAGACAUGAUGCUGGUGAAGAAGGAGCAGAAAGAUGCCGAGCUGGAUAGGAAGAUUGAGGCAUUGAGAAAGAAGAAUGAGGCCCUUAUGAAGCGCUAUCAGGAGGUGGAGGAGGAUAAGAAAAGGGCGGAGCAGGAGGGCAUGGCAAUGCAGAGCCGCAGAGGGAAGGUUGAGGACCUGACCAUCACCAUCAACAAGUCCCCCACUGAGAAGCGUGUUGUAACCAAGAAGGGUUUGGGAGAUGCAAUUCCUAAAGGGGUGCAGAACCAGGAGGAUGUGUCCAACGUUUUCAGUGCCGGCCGUGGUAAAAGGAGGCAGCUUCUAGUCACCGCCCCAGGAAACACUAAGGGGAAGAGGGUGGUCAGUGAAAGGGUGGAGAAGAGCUGUCCGGCUGGUCUAGCAGGGAUAAAACACUCUACUGAUGGCAGGGGGGAGCCGCUGGAUACGAAUGCAGGAAGAAGGGACUGUCCAAAAAGCCAGGUUGGAAAGAAGCAGGAACGAAAGUGUCGAGUUGAGUGUGCUCAUCAUGGAUUCACCGAGUAUAACUCCUAUCCCCAGCAAACCGAAGUGCUGACUGACCUCAGCAUCCCCACGUCCAGCGAAGAGCAGCUGGAGUACCUGCGCUGGAAAAAAGAGAGGGAAGAAAUCGACCGAGAACGUGUGGCUCGGCACAGAAACUCCCAGGGCCAGUGGAAGAGAGCCUGGGACAUGGACAAACCGGAGCUUACGUUUUCUGAAAAAGGCACAGCAGAGCGAGGUAAACAGAGCAGAGGAGGAAGAAAUGCUAGAAGAGGACAUUCCAGACCUUCCACAACAGAAUCACGAGUUGGACAGCGUGAUAAGAGAGGAAAGAAUGUUCCUGUGGUUGGCAGUAAAGUGAAAGGAAAGGACCGUUUGACCGGCCGAGCCAGGAGAUGGGACGCUAAAGAGGAAACAGAGCAAUUACAGGUGGGUCCAGACACGAGUUUGGAGGAGUUUUUGGAGGAGCUGGAUGCUCUGUGUGAUCCUGAGGUCAACAGUAACAGUCCAGACACCGAGACCCAGGAAGCCGAAUCCAGUGCGUCUGUGGAGACAGCUACAACCACUGGUUAUGUUUCUGCAGAUACAAAACUAGAGAGUCAGCUUAUUCCUACAGACUCGUCCAACAAGAACACCUCCAUCUCUAGAGGAGCUGAGAAGAAGGUCCGUUUUUCAGAAGACCUCAUUCAGGGAGCUUUCGAGAAGAACUCGAACACUGAUAAGACAGAGAUCAAAGCCGGUUCUUUAAAAAACAUGCCACAGACCAAAACAGCGCUUGGAGAGCAGGAUGCCCAACAGGACUUGGGUCAUGAUCAGGAAGGAAUGAAAAACAACCAGGAGCAAAAGGCCACAGGCAUUCUUCUCACAGAUCCUCAAGCCAAAACACCAGGCCAGUUUGAUUCCCAGGAGACAAGCAUUAAAGAACUGAAACCAACACCUGAGAGCUUCCUAAAGGAAGAAACUGAGAGCAAAUCUAAAGAAUCACCUUGUGAUAGUGUUGGUUCUCAAAACGGCACUGACGCCACAGCUUCUACUGAACAGAACCUGCUUCACACGAUGGAGCCUCUGAAAAAUAACACCUCCAGAAAUACUGACGAGCUGAUUGACUCCAGUCUCUCAGUAUUGAGUUUGGAAUCUGGAGAUACGCUGCCUGUCCACAGCACCAGCACUGAAAAGGCUAGAGAGAAUGGGAAAAUAGUUUAGAUGGUGUGUUUCGUGGUCACAUCUGAUUGAGAUGGAAGACAGAAACCAAACAAAGAAAAAGGCUGCACUGCAGUUUGCCUGUUUUAGUCUGUUCCAGCUUCAGGAAUGGUUAGUUUGAGAACUAAUAGAAAUUACCACCAUGUUGUAGUAGUGGGCAGUAUGGCAGUUCUAAGAUCAUGACUCACUUUUAAUGAUGCUCAGUGGAUGUUAUUAUGUCCAUAUACACAAACUAACAGCUAAGUAUCUGUAUUUAAAAAAAAAAUGUAUUAUGGCUACUAAAGAUGCCUGCUGUCAUUCAGAAAGAGGGAGAGUGCGCAGUACUGAAGCAGUCCUCUGUGUUGAUUGGCUUACUUGCUGGUCUUUCACAUUAAAAACCUGAACAGAUUUGGAUAAAUUAGGGUGUGAUGUUGGCUUGAGCAUACAUGUUAGCACCCAUCAUGAUCAGCAUAAAAAAUUUUAUUUUAAAAUAAGUGUGCUAUUUAUUUCAUGAUGAACCACUCAAUUCAAUGGUGAAGUGGUUUGCUCAACAGCAAGCUUACAUUUCAUUUGGUUUCUCUUUAUGUGUGAUUCCAUGAUUGUGGUGCCAUUUGUGUCCCGCUAUUAUUACAUUUUCAGAUAUGUAUGUAAAGAAAAGUUAAAGAGAUUUUAUUUAUGGGUAAAGUGUCCUUCACAACAAGCUAUAUGCAUAAUUCUGAUAUUUUUUCUUUUUUGUUACUUUACUUUUCAGAGGCGGAACAAUCAUAAACUAAACAAUCUAAACUAAAAUGGGAAAUAAAAUAAUACCAGUAUUUAAAAAGCAUCUGUCAAUAUUACUCGACCAUGUAUCACAUAUUCUUAGAAUUAAAGUUUAUAUGUGUAUACAGACAACUGCAUAGAGUUAACAGCAAUAAAGACUGGUUAAAGACAUACAUAUACAUACAGGAUAACAGGGAAAGCUUGUCAGUCUUGACCAGUAAACAAAAACCAUUUCUCCCAAUUUCUUUCAAAAUGUCCCUUUUAUGUCUCAACAUAUGGGUUAGCCAUUUUCAUGUUAUAAUUUUCUUGCAUAUUUCAGAUUACUGAAAACAUUAAUAAAACCAGCAUUUUUGGCUGUCCUAGCCCGCUAUAACUACACUUUACCCUAAAAAAUAUCAUACUUAAAAUAUUGUUUUUGCAUUAGUGUGCACAUCCAUUUGACAUCCCAUGCUUGAAACAUCCUUUUCCACGAGUCAUCCGUUACAGAUUAUGAAAAAUGUACUUUAUGUAUUUUAGUUACGUCUCACAAUAUUCAUUCACCCUUGAUACCCGAACAUAUUCAUCUCUACGAAAUAUUUGGAAUAUAUCCAAGUUGCAUGUUCAACAGGAAGUUGCAUCAUCCAAAUUUCCUGAAGAUCAAAAAGAUCAUUCUGUUUCCUUAAUUUUUUUCUAGUGAUAUUGUGGCAUUGACUGACGAGGUCACUUUAAAGUACAACACUGUUACAAAUUGUAGGUCCAAUUAUUAGCUUAAAAAAUUAUUUUAAGUAAUUCAUUAAAAUUUCCCUAAUGUAGGGUGACCAUACGUCCUCCUUUUCCAAUGCAUUUCAUCUAAAUUUCGUAAAAUAUCCGGGGUUUUGCUUUGCUUUCAGGUCUACAUUUUCUACAAUUGCCACACACUCUGUGUGCAUAUUUGCAUCGCUUUAACCCAAUUCUUUAGGUUCCACCUUUUCGCCCUCCACAAUUGGUCGAUUGUGUACAAGCCCUGCAUGCAACCAUUGGUCAAACUGCUUCUCAGUCAUUACCCUCAGCGUGUGUGUAGGAAGCGCCACACCACAACCAGGGACAGAUGAUUGGUUGAGAAGAGCAGUGCAUGGAGCCUGACACAAAUGUAAAUACACAGAUGAAUUACAGAAAAUAUUCCUGUUUACGUCUCGGUUGGGAAGUGGACCAGAUAUUCUAAAAGGGGUCUAAAAGCAUUGAAUUUCAUUCAGAACUGCUGAAAAUUGCACAUAUUUUCUUUGCUAUUCUCUGAAACAAGUCUAGUGAAGUACUGGAUUUUUUUAAAAUGGCAACUGAUUUGAUUAUAUUUUAUUCUAUGGUCAAUAAAAGAAAAAUAAUAUAUAAAAAGUGGUAAAACUUUUUUUUUUUGGCUUUUAUUUGUUUUUAUUUGUAAGAGACAUUAAUUGAAUCGAAAGGAGAUUAUUUGGCCAUAUAAUUUAUUGAGGCAUUUGUUAAGACUAACCACAAUCUCCCACCCACCACGAGUGCCCGUGUGCCGAACGCCACCAUCCUAGUGCCCUAGUGUCCUCUUUUUUGAAAACCAAAAUAUGGUCACCCUACAUAAUGUCCUCAUGCCAUUAGCAUAGAUCCUAGUUAACCAUAUUUUUUUGUGUUUGCUAAUUCUGUGCUUAAAAAAAAAAAAACCCUCAACCCUUCAUCUUUACAUUACAUCUUCAUCAAAGAAACCUUGUAAAAGUGAGAUUGUUGCCUAAGAAUGGGGGCUAAAUGGCACCCCAAUCAUGAAAUCACCUUUAUCCUUUUUCUGCAUAAAGUGCAUAAAGCAUUCUGAAAGAAAUCAUAAAUGUCUGUUGUUUAUUCAGCAGGGAAUCAAAGAUACUAAAAAUGAUCAGUUAAUCAUUACAUCAGUAUACCAUGAUAUGUACCGAUCAUUUUAAUAUACACUGUGAUAUAAAUUUUUGGCCGUACUGCCCACUACUUCCAUGAGAUUACUACCUACUGGGUUUAACACAUUUUGCUAAUGUGUAGGCCAUAAUGAUGACUUGAGUACUGUGUAUUUUGGCUAAAAGAAAAGUUAGGAAUGAGGAAAAAAGGAAGGUGCCUGCAAGUCAUUGAAAGAUAUUGGAUCUAGAUUAGAUCUUAUGAGGUAAAUGUGUAGCGAAUACAAGGAAAUUACUAAUACUAGGGGUGGAUGAUACAGCUUAAACUAGGGUUGACAAUGAUCACAAUACAUCACAGUGGACUUUUUUUUUUUUUUUAGGAGAAGCAGUCUCUGACAAAAAAACGAAAAGAAAAAAAAACAAGAGUUUUUAAGUCUUGUGGAAUUUUCUCAAUCAUGGGUGUUUCUCACACAUCAUUAGUUGGUAUUAAAAGUGAUUUUGCAAUCUUGGUACUCAAUCAUCUUUAUUAGGAGUUAUCAUAAAGAGGUUUUGUUUCUAUCUGAGUGUGUUAUGGGAGAAAAAGUCCUGGUUAGGUAAAUCUAUAUGUGAAAUGCUGAAGUCUUAGUAUUGAGGCUGUACUUCAGCUGAGAAACUGGAAAUGAUAGUGAUGACGUGGAUGUGUUAGGAUGAUGUGACUAGGUGUAAAUUAGGAAAAGUGUCACAGAAAUGUACAAAUGAGUAACCCUGAAGCUUUCCCUUUCAUCCAUAAAUCACACAUAUUGCAAUAUUACCCAAGACGAGAGGAAACCAAUGAUCAUUGCUGUUUUUCCAGACUUGCUUUUAAAGGCGCUGUGUGAGGCUGAGUCAAAUGAAAACCUUGUAAGUGCAACAUAAAUUAGAGAAACAAACAGUUUUUUUUUUCUAGAUGAAUCCAGACACUCGUUAAGCACAGGAACACUUGUGUUACACACAAAAAAAAAAAACAGAUUAGGUAGAACAAUGAUGCACCUUUGUGAAACCUAUUGGUAAUAAAUGAUUAAAAAAAAAAAAGAAUUUCAUUUGACUCACACUGGUGCAUUUAUAAUUUGUCAUUUACAGCUAACAUUAAGUCUAUCAGUAGCAGACAGCUAGAUAACUUUUAUAGUUAUUUGACAUCAGUUUGAACAUUGUGUAGCACAUAUUAAACCCUCACUGAUUCCCAUUUUUGUGCAUGAUCUUAUUAAUUUAUUAUAGUAUUACAUUUACACUUCUUUGAUACUCCCGUCACCCUCGUUUUGACUGUGUAACUGACAUAAAUUCUAGCCAAUCACAUUUUAACAACUGGGAAACAGACACAUGAUUGAGAAAUGCCCACUUUUCUUGCACCAAAACUGCCCACUACUAGUUGCUACUGUUUACUGAAAUGCCUAUCAGCCUAGCUGUUGUGGUUUGAAGGAAGACGCAUUAUGCUAAAAGCACUACGCAGCAUAUUGAAUGUCUAAAUUAAGUUUUAAUGCACAAAAAUAAGCAUACAUACUCACGGCAAAUCAACCACACGAUCCAAAUUGUGUACAUGCAUACACACAUAUACAGACUUAUAUACCGGAUACAUCAAUCACAUGCUACUGAUUUUUGUAUUUUUGUAUGCAUAUAUUUUGGGAAGUGACAUUUUGUGCAAAGACAGUUCAAGCAAUGUUUACUGCUUUUAAAGUAUGUUUAUAAGCACUUUAUUUUGUAUAAAUGCUCGCUAUGUUCAGAAAUGUUACCGUUGAAUCUGAUAAACACUGUACAUUGAAAUACAAACCCCUUUAAGACUGAACACUUCUGUCACAUAAAAUAUUUGAAGUCCAGAAUUGAUUUGCUUAUGCAGAAUUUUGUUCAGCUGUGAAGAAUGAAAAAAUGCAUUUUGUAUUUGCACAUAUUGUAAAAUAGGCCUGAGGCAAUUUGUGUAGAAUAACGCAAUACUUCUUUUGACUUAUGUUUAUAAUACUAAUAUGAAUAAUUGGGUACGAAGAAGGAAAACUCAACCUGGUUCAAAAGUCAAGUUGAAAAUAUCUGUACCUAUUUAUAGCAUUAAAAAUUGCCUAAUAAUAUAAAAAUGUUAAUAUUUAUUAGGGAAAAUUAUUACCAUUAUAGAGUGAUUGGGUCCUGCAUAUUUCAAUGACAAUAUAGGGGUGUCCCAAAAGUCUCCAUACAUAGGGCAAAUUAACACUUUUUAGCAAAAUGCCUAAUGUGUUAAAUGUGUUAAUUCCCCUGUAUAUAGAGACCUUUGGGACACCCUGUAUUGUUCUAGGCCUUUUUCUGAACAUUUCAUUAUUACUAAAUAUAAGUAAUGCUUUUGCUAACUUAAAUCUGAAAUAUUUCUGUUCACUUGAAUGUUGCAAUUUUCUGCUUUAUUUAAGCAUGGAUUAAGUGACUAAUUUAAUAUUUAAUUUUGUACAUCAUGCUGUAAUUAAUAUAUUGCCACUGUCACUUUGUGUCCAACAGAAUUUGAAAUGAAUUUUGUGUACUACAUACUGUAUUAAACAUAUUUUGGUUCACAUUUCUGUACAUGAUUGUAUUUAUUAGCUCAAGAAUUAUAUUUUCAUGUCUUUGUUUUUGUCAUUGUCAUAAGAGUGUAACAUACUGAGUAGUUCAACAGAACUGUCCAAAUAAAAAAUUCUGAAUUAGGGGAAA